CUGUCGGCAUUUGACGCUCAGGAAGUGGACGAAACCACCGAAGAUUCCCUCAGAUUACAUAUCGAUUGUUUCAAACGUGUUCACUCCGACCUAAACCCUCUGUUUAAACACCUUUCGUGGGAUAUUUGGGACAAUAAUGCUGGAUGGUUGCGCUCAUGAAAUUCACCAGAGAUAUAUGCCGAUUGUUGGGACUCGGGAGCGGCCCCCCAGUCCAGCAGCAGGAGGAGCAGAUGGACUGUGGUGGCGCAACCCUUGACCCAAGUGAUGACGCCACUUUGUCACAGGAUGCAUUGAAUGGAGAGGAGGAUCUGAGUGAGGAAGAGAAGGUCAGACGGAAGGUGGAGCGACGCAAAGCCAAGAGGAAGCGCCACCGAAAACGUAAGAAGCAGGUGAAGCAAAAUGAGAGUGCUGAACGGGAUGAGGAGGAUGAAGAUGGAGGUGCAGACUCUGAGCUGGAUGAGAGCGAGUCAGAAGCAGAAGUCGGAGCUGAAGAGGAGAGAGAAAGAAUGCAAAAAGACUUGGAAAACGAGGCAGCUGCCUCAAACAAGAAUGUUGCUACUCCUGUCGUGCCUCCUUCAGCAAUCAAAGGACGUCAGAAGACCCAAGCCAGAUCCACUGAAGAGGAGCCAGAGUGGGAUGUGAGCAGUGCCUUCUUUGCUAAUGCUGCUAGCCAUGUCAAACCCAAAGGAUCAAGUCGCAAGUCCAAAGAAAACAAGGAGAAUGAGGCAAGGAGAGAGACAAAUGGAACUGACACCAUGUCCAAGAAAAGCGCAUCACUGACAGCAGAAAAAGGGAUAAAGUUAGUGCAAGAGGGGCAGUACGCACAAGCAGUCGCCAUGUUUACAGACGCCAUCAAAUGUGAUCCAAAGGAUAACAGGUUUUUUGGGAAUCGUUCCUAUUGUUAUUACUGCUUGGAGCAGUACCCUCAGGCCCUGGCAGAUGCUGAACGCUCCAUUCAGCUGGCCCCAGACUGGCCCAAAGGACACUUCCGCCAGGGCAGUGCUCUCAUGGGCAUGAAGCGGUACAGUGAGGCAGAGAAGGCUAUGGAGCAGGUGCUGAAACUGGACAAAGACUGUGAGGAGGCUGCCAUUGACCUUUUUAACUGCAAAGUGCUGCAGUUAAUGGAGCUUGGUUUUGACGAGGGGCAAAGUGUUAUGCUGCUGGAAAAAUUUUCAACUGUGCAGGCUGUUCUGACAGCUUAUUCUGACAUUGCCAAGAGUGGAAGCCAAGACCCAUCUGUUGUGCAACCAGGAAGCCCUUGUCCAUCUCUGUGGGUGGGAAAUGUGACGACUGAGCUAACUGAGAAACACCUAUGGGACCUUUUCAAAAUGUAUGGUGAGAUAGAGAGCAUCCGUGUGCUGCAUGAGCGAUUCUGUGCCUUUGUCAACUUCAAGAAUGCAAACAUGGCCGCUCGCGCCAUGGAGAAACUAAACGGUUAUUGUAUUGAGAACACGCGUCUAGUGGUGCGUUAUCCUGACCGUCGCACUCAGAGAGUCCUUCCUUUCCCACUUAAGACCUGUCUCCCUGCCACACAGCAGGCAGGGGCAGCUGCUGGACCGCGACGACGUGGCCCAGUGAACGGAGAUGAGUGUUACUUCUGGAGAACCACCGGCUGCCAUUUUGGGGACAAAUGUCGCUACAAACACAUUCCUGAUCAGAAAGGCAAGGACAGGAAGACCUGGCAGCCUUGAACUCAGCCUGUUCUCAGCCCCAGUAGUGCACAGGAAACUGAGAUGCACAGACCGAGCCAAAGGAGCUAGCACUUACUGGACCAAGUUCUCUGGGCUAAAAAUAUUUUCUGUCUGCAGAAUGGACCAGUAGUAGUCAAAGGAUCAGAACCAACAUUCGGGCUCCAAGGCGGGGAUAGUCACGCAUAUGCUACAAAAGACUGAGAGUAUGAAGGUUUGUAUUUCAUUCCAAGACUAAAUUGAACAAUACUGCUUAAUAGUACAACGUAAACCAGAGGGGUGCAAAAAGCAACCUGUUGCAGUCUUUGAAAACCUUUAUAAUCGCAGAGUUUCAUGGCACAUGGUGACCUCUCCUGGCUUUAAUGCAUGUAACCCACCCUCACAGGCCUACGACAUUACAAGGAAGCGAAACUGGCACUAGGUUCAUUAGGGACAAUCCUGGGGAUUUUUUUCCACCACAAAGCUGUGUUGUUCCCCAUUUUUGAAGUUCAGUCUCUUGACCGAUACUUCACCUUGCAGUGUGUGGAGCUGAUUUUUAAUAGUUUUGAUUUAUCCCUGGCCCACAACUGCUCACACCAGUCUGCAUUUCAUACUGGGGCUCCUUCCCACUUGUCUUUCUUGUGCCGAUAUCAGCACAUUGAUGUACCUGACAUUUCAGUACCCUUCCCUAUGCAGAUAAGGAUUUUCUUUUAGCCAGUGAGCGACAGAGACCCUGAGAUGUGCAUUUAUACUGUGCUGUAUAGUUAAACCUGGAGUGCGGGACUUUGUCAGGAGUCCAUUACAUUCAAGCCCUUGCCACACAAGUUGACACAGUGCUGAUUAAGCCUGUCACCGCCACAUAAAUCUCUUUGUAUUUCGUACUAUAGCCGAGUUUUAAAAUCUGGAGUCUGUGGUGACUUUCCUGAGCUGGACCGUCAGUAGCCUUAGCAAAGAUUUGUUUGUGGGAACUGAUGGGCACUGAUGGAGUUGGCUACAGCAAUCAGGAGUAUGGCAGAGCCUUAGACCUCAUAUCCUGCAUGUUGACAGUGUUUGUCUAAUAACUCUCACUGCCAGAAGGGGGAGACCAAAGUUCCGCACUGCAGGUUUAAGAUGAUCAUACAUGGAUAAAAUUAUUCGAGUGAUUGGAAAAUGGCUAAUAUUUCAUGGAUUAGGUGUAUAUUCCAUUUUAUUUAACUAUUGGCUGCCCUUUUGUUGACCAAUUGAAUUGCACACACUGCAUGUUAUGAAGGACUUGUGCUCCAUAAGCAUUCUUGCUGGGUGCAGAAGACACACCUGAAGAUAUCAUGCAAUUCAGUAGGAUAAAGCCCUCCUUUUUAUAAGAGCUGCAGUGCUUUUGAGAUUGUAUCAGAGAGGGUUUGUUUCGAUGCUGGCAAUUUUGAAGCCACAGGUUUUGGUUUUGUCGUGCUGGAUUGCAUGAAAUGGCGGAGGUGACAUUUUUCAGUUCCACUCUCCACUUAGUAAUAGAAGAACUAGUUGCAGCAGUGCUCUGCAUACCCAGUAUGAAAGAAUUGCCUUAAAAAAAAUGUCAUAAAUCUUUAUCUCACUAUUACAAUAUGCAGUAUGCUUUCCAGGUACAUUUGGGGGAUAAACAUCACAGUGCUUUAUGUCUAUGCAAAAGAAAAGUGCCGACCUGAUCGUCAGUUCUGUGUCAGAGCUACGCUAAGCCCACCACCUCUGGCACAGGUAGGCUGUUUUUGUAGGUUGUGAAUAACUAUGACAGACAUGAUGAUGCCGUUGAGAAAGAAAGUCAUACUACAGGACAGUGCCCUGCAAGAAUUCAUGCUCAGUCAUGUGCAACACACACACACACACACGUAACACAACUUUCAAACCUUGAAGAGCAGUGUUUUUGACUUUGGGGGGGGGGGGGGGAGGGAAUCUCCAUUUCAGUAUUUCAGUGAACCAAAGAAUGUUCAUCUGAUGGCUUUGCAAUCACAGCUUUGUUCUUUCUUGAGUUUCAACACUAGACAGUGCAUUAAGACCCUUUCACAUGCUUCUCCAUUAUCCACUAGACAGGAAAUAGAGCUACAACACCUGGCUUAAGUCCACACUACGUUCACUAGUGAACUAUGCACUGCAUAGUGAGAGUAUUUAUUUUCCUAUUUAUAUCUAAGGUUUUUUUUCUAUUUGUUUUGGGUUUUUUUUUUGUUUUUUUUUUUUUACAACAUACCUUAAAAGCUGAGUGCAGCUUUUAACUUUGUUUGUCUUUUCAAUUUAUGGUAGCCUAAAUAAAUGUUCCCGCUUCUGUUUAUGUCUGGCUUUAAAAAACUGGCAUUAUUAAGAACCAUUGGUGCAAACAUUGUCACGUGUUGCACUUAUACUUUUCUCAUAUUACUUUGUUUGUGGCUUAAAAGGAAAUUUGACACCAAAUUUUAAGACUACACUUGUCAGUUUAACAAACUUGCUUAUUCCUUAUUUGACUGGUGCAGUUAACUGUGGCCGCACACUGCAUUUGAUUUUGCAGACUUAAUAAAAUGCUUUACCAUUGCAUAUUUUGAUUUCAUCUUGUUGAUAUUUCAAAUUUGGACAGUUUAGUUUGUGCGAUUUAGUAUGUUUUUAUUGUUUUUACCUUGUUUUAAACUAUUUCAGGAACACAAAUUUUUAAUUAUGAUGUACACAUCAAUAACCAGAGCACUGCAAUUCUGUUAAUCCUCUAAAUAUUUUGUAUUAUCAUUACUGCACUGCAGAAGAGUCUUUUAUAUUUAAUAAAUGUAUUUGAACAAUC